AUGGCACCCAAAGACUCUGCUAGUAUUGAUGUUGGAUAUCCCAUCAUGGGAAUCAAGUUCCUCAACAACAAGACUAUUCUUGUUGCUGGUGGUGGAGGAGAAGGAAACAAUGGGAUUCCUAAUAAGAUCACCGCAAUCAAAUCCAGCUUCAAGGUUAAAGAUCCCAAUAGAAAAUUGCAACGGUUUAGAGAAAUCACCUUGCCUUCAAACGAAGAUUCGCCACAAUGUAUAGACACCGCCAAAUUGGUUGGCGAAAACAAGUUCAAUGUGAUUCUAGGCUGUAACCAAAGUUCACAGUUGAUCAAGUCUAUGAACAUUAACAAUAAUAUCAGAAAGUACGAAUACACCAAUGAAGAACAUUUGCGAUUUAUAGAUGCCGCCCAAUUCGAAGCAGAAAUUAAUGGAGACGCAGAUGACUACCCAAAGAUUGUGAGAUUGGCACAAAGUAAUAAUGUGGGUUGUUUCAUGACUUCGAGUGUUCCGUCUUCAAUUUAUAUUUUCAAUCCUGAAAGUUUGGAGUUGAACUAUAAGUUUAUACCUGACAAGAAUAUUGAAAUAAAAGAUUUUGUGUUGAGUCCAAAUGAUGGGAAUUCGUUGUGUUACAUUACAUCAAAUUCGAUUAAUGUUGUUGCAACAAAUAACACUAGUAAUGUUGUGUUGUCGUCCAUUUCAAUACCAAAUUUGGAUAAACAGUUAAAGGGAUAUAUGUUGUCCAAAGUUAGAUAUAUCAAUAGUGAUGAAUUGUUACUUGCGGCAACAUUAGCUGGUAAAAAAGGUGCAGUCUUGUUGAGACUAAGUAUUCCAAAUAAAAAAAUCAUCCAAACACAAGCAAUUUCGAAUAAAGGAGUAAUUGUGUCGAUGGAUGUUUCUCCCACCAAAGUAGCUGUAGCUACUAACGACUUGGCAUUAACAUUGAUCAAUUUGUCAAACUUGAAAGUGUUGAAAACUUUCAAAAACUUGCAUUCUUGGGCCAUCACAAGUGUGAGCUUCUCACCUUCUGGUGACAAAGUGGCUAGUGCCCUGGCAAGUGGGACUUUAGUUGUUUCUAAGAUUUCCUCGACUGGUACGUCAGGUGGUUCUGGGUGGUUUUUGCUGGUCUUCCUUGCUUUAAUUUUUGGCAUUGUUGCUAUUAUUGCAGCUGUGUUCCCUGAAUUAGUUACCCAGUUGACUGGUGAAUCAUCAUUGAUGGAUUAUGCAUCUUUUGAUUUUGCUGGUCCAGUUUCUAUAUUGGCUGAAAAGUAUUCAUCUAUUGUUUCCCAAUUCUUGGAAACUAAAUCCACUGAAUAUUCAAGUGUUGAAUCGCAAACAUUGGACAGUACACCAAGUGUUGAAAUUCCAACCACUGAGUCUACAUUUUUGCAGUCUGUCAAUCAUCAGGAUCCAGUCAUUGAUUCCUCGGAGGCUGAAUUUGCAGUUGUGGAAACUACCGUUAUUGAGGUCGUUGUUGAGGAGACUUUGCCUGUGGAGAGUUCUUCUGUUGAAACAUCCAUUAUUACAUCUGAGGUUACAGAAGCUCAUAUUGAACAGUCAUCAUCUGUCGAAGAAUUGCAUGUUUCAUCAACUGUUAUCGAAUCAGAUGUUGUGUCUUCGAUAGAAACGUCUUCUUCUUCUGUUGAAUCUUCAGAGAAAAUACCUGUUAUUGAAUCUUCAGUAGAACCAUCUUCUGCUGUUGAAUCUUUUGCAGUAGAACCUCCUGUUGUUGAAGAAUCAUUUUCUGUGCAAUCACAAUACCUGAAAUCAACUACUGAGUCUCAAAUUGUUCAAUCAUCUGUUAUUGAAUCUGUUGAGGAAGAGUCCCCAGUUACAGGAUCCACAAUUAAAGAAUCGCAAUCUGUCGUACCACCUGUUGUUGAAUCUUCCCUAAGUGAAACAUCAUCUGUUGAAUCCUAUCCUUCGGAGUCCACAAGUGUGGAGUCCUCACCUACCGAAUCUUCCUUUUUAGAAUCUUCAUCUGUGAAAGUUCCAUCUGUUGAAUCUUUGUUUGAAUCAUCAUCAUUUAUUGAAUCCAUAUCUGUUGAAUCUCCAUCUUCUCAAUCUUCCACUGUUGAAUCUCCAUCCUCUGAGUCUUUGUCUAUUAAAGUUUCAUCUGUUGGGUCUCCGUCCCCUGAUGUUCCUACUAUUGAAUCAGCUAUACUCGAGUCUCUGUCUGCUGAAACCCCAUCUGCUGAAACCCCAUCUGCUGAAACUUCAUCUACUGAAACUCCAUCUACUGAAUCAUCUUCUGUUGAAACAUUGUCCGUUGAAAGUUUGCCUACUGAAUCAUUAUCCGUUGAAACUCCAACUGUUGACUCACCUAGUCUGCAAUCUUUGUCUGUUGAGACUCCAUCUAUAGAAGUCUCAUCUGUAGAAUCUCCAUCUGUUGAAUCCCAUGUUACUGAAUCUUUGUCUAGUCAAAGUUCGACUAUUGAAUCAGACACUGUUCCUCCACCAAUUACGUCCUCGACUAGCAAGAAAUCAAGAGUAAAGAGAACAAUUACCAAAAAAGUUACUAGAACUAUUAAAAAAGAUGAAUUGUAA